UCGAUCUUUGAUAUAUUAUUAUUAAUAACAAUAGCAAGGUCUUAUGAAAAGAUUAAAAAAUGUUAUUAACCAUUAUUUUGGAUCUCAAUUAAAUAAUAAAUUAAUAACUCUGGAAUUAAAAUGUACAAAAUGAUCAAACCUAAGCUGUCAUUAACAUUUCGUACCUUUAAACUAAUAUCAUCUUGAGAUCAUUGUAGUUUCCUAACGUGGUCGAAACUACUAGGUAAGUUCCUUUGAUCCAUAAAAAUAGUUGUAUAAUUUAAUUUAUGUUGAAUGGUCACGAGUUUAACAUUAUAAAUACGUUACUGCAUAUAAUAAUCCAACUAUUGUGUGUUAAUGUAAAAUUCACCUUAUAUGUAAAUGUUAUUUUAUGCUUUCACAAUUAUUUUGGAUCUCAAUUAUGUAUUUCAUAAUUAAACCGGAAGGUGGAAAACCAAAUUGUGUUUCAUUUGCGUAUUAUAGUUUCCCACUUUGUUGCUACCUAUAAAUAGUUUCCGUCUAGUUAGUAGUUAGCAUCCAUUUCACGAUCCUCAUUUCCCGGAUCUCUACAACUCCGACCCGACCCAUUUACGCGACCCAAACCGGGUCAACCAGAACAAUGGAUAAGCCUAGCUUCGUAAUCUCACCAGAAGAAGCUGAAUCCGCCGCGAACCAACUCGGCGUCUCCGUCCUCCAGCUCCUCCCUUCGCUGGUCAACCCUGCGAAAUCCUUCGCUCGCCCACCGAUCUCAAAAUUCCACGUCGGAGCCGUCGGACUCGGAUCAUCGGGUCGGAUCUUCUUAGGAGUCAACGUCGAGUUCCCAGGCCUCCCUCUCCACCACUCGAUCCACGCCGAGCAGUUCCUCGUAACCAAUCUCACACUCAACGGCGAGCGACAUCUCCGAAACUUCGCCGUCUCCGCCGCGCCGUGCGGACAUUGCCGUCAGUUCCUCCAAGAGAUCCGCGACGCGUCGGAGAUCAGACUCGUAAUCACCGAUCCGAACGCCACCGCGGAUCCCGACGCCGAUUCCGACGGAUUCCUCCGCCUCGGGAGCAUCUUGCCGCACAGAUUCGGUCCGGAGGAUCUUCUCGAGAAAGACUUCCCUCUCAUCCUCGAGCAUCACGAUAACAACCUCACGAUCUCGGAUCUCGAUCCGAUCUCCAACGGAAACACCGUGGAAUUGAAACGUACGGCUCUAGCGGCGGCGAACAGAUCGUACGCGCCGUAUAGUUUGUGUCCCUCGGGAGUUGCGCUUGUGGAUUGCGAGGGGAAAGUGUACAGAGGAUGGUAUAUGGAAUCGGCGGCGUAUAAUCCUAGCUUGGGACCAGUACAGGCGGCGUUGGUGGAUUACAUUGCUAACGGAGGCGGAGGUUACGAGAGAAUCGUCGGAGCUGUGGUUGUGGAGAAAGAAGACGCGGUGGUGCGGCAAGAGCACACGGCGAGGUUGCUGAUACAGAUGAUAUCGCCGAAAUGCGAUUUCAGCGUCUACCAUUGCCAUUGACCUUUGAGAUAACAUAUCACCAAAAGAAAAAUAAAAUAAAAAACGAAUAAUAAAUAAUAAAAUGGACUUUAAAUUCGUAACCCAAAACAAACAAAAAAUAGUUAAUUAUUGAAACUUAAAAGUUGAAAGCGAUGCCUCUGCUCUGAAUGAUGAAUGGAUUGGUGAUGAUGAGACGUAAGAGAAUUAAUAUAAGAAGACUCUUUUAUCUUAUUUGUAUUAUGUAUAAACUAUUCUAAUAAAUUAUUAUGUUCGUCUGUACUUUUAAAACUAUAUUUGAUUAAUCAUCUU